AGUAGGGUUCGAGAUGGAGGCUUCGACGACGAUAAACGCAGCCGGCGGCCGGAAGGGAUUGGCGAGGAGGAAGAGGGUGUCGAAGUCGGUGAAGUCCGGCUUGCAGUUCCCGGUGGGCAGGAUCGGUAGGUUAUUGAAGAAGGGCCGCUAUGCCCAGCGCAUUGGCAGAGGAACUCCGGUCUAUAUCGCUGCCGUUCUUGAGUACCUCGCUUCGGAGGUUUUGGAAUUGGCUGGGAAUGCUGUGAAGGAUGACAAGAAGGCCCGGAUCAUUCCCAGGCAUUUGAUGCUGGCGGUGAGGAACGAUGAAGAAUUGAACAAUCUGCUGAAGGGUGUGACCAUUGCCGAAGGAGGCAGGCCCCCCUUUGUUGUUGAUGUUUUGCUCCCCAAGAAAGCGGGAAGAUGUUGGGUGGAGACAUCUCAAUGUGUCAUGAUUGGAGCUUUGUCCUCAAGUAAUAUAUAUUGUGGCCCAGGGAGAUCUGCAAAAGGAAAACUUCAAAAGCAGAUAUUAAAGGAUAUACAGGUCAAUCACUUCACUUUUUAUGAGGCAUGAAUUAUGGCACGUAAAUGAAAGACAAGGAACAAUGCAAUUGGUCUUUAAUUUCCCAGGCUGGAGUCAUCAUUGUCAAGCUUGGUGAAAGUUGGGAAAGCCUGUGCACUUGGUCAAUCAUUGAUGCUUGUUGUGGAU